AUGCCGUAUUUAAUUACUUGUGAGCUGCGACCUAAAAAAGCCAAAAGUGUCAAGUCUGGCAAGAAGUCCAAGGUCAGCAUAGUAAAGAAAGUCAAUAAGAGAGUUACAAAGUUACAAAAGCAAGGAAAACUCAAGAAGCUAAACAAGAAACAGAAAUCCUCGAAUGUUACAAAAGGCCAAAAAGUCAGCGAAGGAAUUAAUGAUCUGAAGUUGCCAACUAAUCACAUACCCAAUGGACAGAGCCCAAAUGAAUCUGAUGAGGAUCUCGACAGAGAGGAGCAAGCUGAUGUCAGAACUGAAGAGGGUGACUGGAGUUUCCUAUUGCAGUCAUUGGAAACUAGGAAGAAAAGGAAAUGGAAUGAUAUUGAGGAUGCUCCAAGACAGUUUGCGGGGAUGGAGCCACAUGCACAAGUGAAGCAUCUUCUGCCAAUUAAGAGUAGAAAGCAUGGUAUCAUACACCAGUCAGUGGAUAUUCAGCAAGAGCCAGAUCCAGUGCCAGCAGAGGAGCAAGAGAAGCCUAUAGUGAAACCUGUGAAGCUGCCAGUUCUGAGCACCGUGCAGCUGUAUGCAGACCGGCAAAGAAAGCUUGCAGCGAAGAAACUGUCGAUAGGAAAUCUCGCUAGUUCGAUCAUUGAAGACCCAGAAGAAAAUGUUGGCAAGUUGAAGCAGCUGAGAAUGACGCUGUAUGAGCAGGAUCCGAAUAUCAUGGUCACGGUGAAGAAGUGGGCGAUGAUGUCCUUGCUGGAGGUGUUCAAGGACAUUACCCCAGGUUACAGGAUUCGGCUCUCCACUCAUGACGCCGACGAUGGGGAGGAUUCUGAGAAGUUGAAGAAAGAGACAAAGGUGCUCAGAGAGUUUGAACAGUCACUAGGAAAAAAUUACAAACUGUACUUGGAGGAACUAGAACGUAUGACAAAAGGUAUUCAGAAGUCAAGUAAAGAUAGCAAAAACCUAAAGGAGCAACUCCCGAAGACAACUCGACAUGGAUUGGCUGUCAUUGCAGUGAAGUGCCUGUGUAGCUUGCUAACUGCACUACCUCACUUCAACUAUAGACUCAACAUCAUCACUGUGCUCAUACCUUUCAUGGCCCACAAGUCUCGUGAGAUAUCCGAUGAAGUAUGCAAUGCGGUUAAGAAGCUAUUCAAGGAGGAUAAACUUGGUGAGGCUUCGAUGGAGGCAACUCAAGCGAUUGGAAAGCUGAUUAAGACUAGAAGCUACAUUCUUCCAGCAAAGGUACUGGAUGCAUUCUUGUCGUUAAACAUCAAGAAUGUCAACUUAAGUGCACAGGCAGAGGCACAGACAAAGAAGGAGAAACUCAUGACAAAGAAGGAGAAAAUGCUCAAAAUGUCAAAAAGAGAAAGAAAGCGUAAUAAACAGAUGGAGACUCUUAACAAAGAGCUACUGGAAGCUGAGGCUGAAGAGAGUAAAGCCAAAAAGACGAAAUUUCAAACGGGAACAAUCAAAGCUGUAUUUCUGAUAUACUUCCGAAUUUUGAAGAAAGCAAGAAAAUCAAUUUUAUUGUCAUCUGUUUUGGAAGGCUUAUCCAAGUAUGCACAUUUGAUAAACGUAGAGUUCUUUGAUGAUCUCAUCUCGGUAUUACAUCAGCUUGUCGAAUCUGGGGACUUGAACCACAGGCAGAUGCUUCACUGCAUUCAGACUGUUUUCAACAUUUUGUCGGGUCAGGGUGAAUCCCUGAACAUCGAUCCACUUCGCUUCUACACUGACAUCUACAACAUUCUGUUCAAGCUGCGUGCAGGUACAACAAGUAAUGAUGCACCUCUUGCUCUAAAGUGCAUGGAGAUGAUGAUAAUUAAACGUAGAAAACAGGUGUCGUUCCACAGGGUUGUUGCAUUUAUCAAGAGGCUGUGUAUCCUAAGUCUACAGUUGGAGCACAACAGUACUAUAGCUGUCCUGAUCAUUGUUCGUGCCUUACUGCAGCUGUUUCCAAAGAGUGACGUUCUUCUGGACAGCGACAACCAGGGCAGUGGUAUCUACCUCCCUGAUCUGCCAGAGCCCGAAUACUGCAAUGCGCACAACUCUGCACUUUGGGAGCUGCAUCAUCUUAGUCGACACCAUCAUCCUGCUGUACGUAAGCUCAGUCAUCACAUCUGUCAAGGUGCCCCAUUGCAAGGACCUGCUCAACUACCAAUGGAGCUUUCUCGCAAGACAUAUAUGGAAUUGUUUGAAGAGUUUAACCCAGAUGAAAUGAAUUUUUCUCCAUCCAUACCACUGCCAGGACCACGAAGACCAGUUUCGUCAAAGUCGAAGAAGGUACGCAGUAAGAGAUCAGGAUCAGGGUUUCAUUCGGAAUACAUGAGGAACAAAGUAGAACUGACGCUGACAUCUGUGGAAGGUGAUAGCAACGUGAAUUUUGCAUUGUGACAAGUAGCUGUUAUACGAGUAUGAUCCCCGAGGUUUUGUAAAUAUCGUUUGAACCUGUUUGCGAAAAUAAAAUAAAAAUGACUCGAGUUAUCAUCAUGAAAAGGAACUCAUAAGUGACAAAAUCCUAUAAUUAUGUCCAAUGUUAUGACAGUACUUACAUGCCUACAAUUAUUGUUCUUUUUUUGACUCGAGCAAUCAGCUGAAUAUUGUAAUAAAUGUUGGUGAACAGUAAACUUCCCAGUUGAAAGUUUAUGAUUAAAACGAUAAAGAAUUAUAAUGGUUAUAAUAACUUAGACAGAAAGUAGUUUUAUUAUAAAAUAUCCUAAGUAUUUUUAUUUUAGUUGAGAUUAUAGACAUAUGCAUGUACACUACAAACACCUACUUAUGUCGAAUUUAAUGAUCAUUCAAUUAUCACUAUUGUAACACAGCCUCAUCCCACAGUUUAUGUUACACAAUAAAACACUGAUCACGUGAUAGCACUAUUAGGUAGGAGAGGCAAAGAUGUGUAUGAACUCGGCAUGCGUGCAAAAAUUCCCCGUUUGGAAACCUGUUUUAAUUACGAAUGGUAAACAACUAAUAAAUGCAUAAAAAAUUUCAA